UCGCAGCAGGAGAGCUCGGAUGAUCUUCCCACUGGGCACAACCCACAGUCGCCCCACAGCAAAUCCCUCCUUGCAUUCCCAGUAAGGAGAUGUUUCCAAUGCACGGGGAUGAUGCGUCUUAACAGUUGCUGGUUCAGAUGCGAGUCGAGAUGUGCUGGAAACUAUAGAUGUGUAACAGUUGCUGGUUAGAAGUCUGAAAUAAACCCAACGGCUAUUCUCGACCUAAGUUCCAGAAUUGCAGCAACGGAGAGAAGCUAUUAAAACCUUGGAUGGUGAGGAAUAAGCGGUUUGACGGUUUCCCAUCUGUCUCCGGCGAAAACCCCGUCUUAGUCGCAAACAUUAAUCGCAAGCACUAGUGUUGCUCUUACUUCCACUGAGGCCUCUAGUAUGCAUAGAUCCCUAACCAGAACACCUCUUCGCUUGAUUGCAGAUUCUUUCUUUAAAUCCAAAGCGCAUGGAAAGAGGCGAAGGAAUGUGGCCGAGAGAAUGGAAUCCUCCCUAACCUCUGCAACUUCAGGAGGCGACACAGGUAAUAAUCCUUUUGGACUCAAAGGAGAAUCAGUUACAGGGUCCACACAGGUGCAAAUUGUCAAUGCACUUCGUUCUGGUCGGAGAGAGAGAGCUUCCGCUAUGCUAUCCAAUCUUUGUUAUGGGAAUUAUUUAUUGAAAGCUAAUGAUUUUGUCUAUAUUCUUGACUAUUGUGCAAGAUCUCCUGAUCCACUGUUUGUUUUGGAGACUUGGAAAUUUAUGGAAGAAAAAGGGAUAGUCAUGAACAAAAGAUGCUACAUGUCCAUCACGAGGGCCCUCAGUAAAGGAGGUUACCUUGAUGAGGCAUUUAAUUGGUUGGCAUUUCUUGGAGAUGACCAUCAGAAAUGCCCUGUUCUUCCCAUGUGCAAUAUUUUCUUGAAUGGAUGUGGUCAGAUGCAACGCUUGGACCAUGCUAAUUACUGCUUGGAUUUAAUGGAACACCAACUGACAGGAAAGUCUGAAGUCACAUAUUGGGAGCUUCUCAAGCUUGCAGUUUGGCAGCAAAGUUUGUCCACAGUCCAUGAGAUAUGGAAGGAAUGUACGAAAUACUAUAACCCAAGCAUUAUUUUGUUGCGAAAAUUUAUUUGGUCUUAUACAAGGUUAAGAGAUCUGGCAUCUGCAUACAAGGUUUUGCAAUAUAUGGUGGCCCUGGCCUUCAAGAGAAGUGAUUUUGUUAAUACAUCUGCUGAAGGGAAAUUUCGGUCUUCAAGAUUGGACAUUCCCAUUCCUUCAAAUAUUGAAUUAGCUAUUGAAAACACUAUGGAGAAGAGCCCCUUCCUAACUUUGUCAUCUCUUGAAGACUAUUUGCCAAAAAUGGAAACAGAUACAAGAAGCAAGAACAUAGACAUAGCCAAACCAGAUAGUGCUGGGCUCUCUUUAACAAGGAAAUAUAUUGACAGUAUGCGGGUUAUGAAGGUCCUGAGGUGGUCUUUCAGUGAUGUAAUACAUGCAUGUGCUCAAUCAAGAAACUCUGAGCUUGCUGAGCAAUUGUUCUUACAGAUGCAUGAUCUUGGCUUGCAACCAUCAGAGCAUACAUACGACGGCUUCAUUAAAGCUCUUGUUUCUGGUAGAGGUGUUACUGAUGGCAUGGAAGUGGUAAAAACAAUGGAAAAGAGCAACUUGAAGCCAUAUAAUGCUACUCUUGCAACCCUUUCAAUAGGUUGCAGUAAAAAUUUAGAACUAGACUUAGCUGAGACUUUUCUUGAUCAAAUUGUUGAAAGUUCAUAUGCUCAUCCUUUCAAUGAGUUGCUUGCAGCAUGUGAUGUUAUGGAUGAACCUGAACGUGCAGUUAGGGUAUUGGCAAAAAUGAAGCAUUUGAAACUUAAAUUGGACAUACGGACGUAUGAAUUGCUGUUUUCAUUGUUUGGUAAUGUGAAUGCUCCUUAUGAGAAGGGGAACAUGCUAUCAAUGGUAGAUGUUGCUAAAAGAAUAAAUGCCAUAGAAACAGAUAUGUUGAAAAAUGGAGUUCAACAUAGCCAUUUAUCAAUGGUGAACCUGCUAAAAGCUCUUGGAACUGAGGGAAUGAUAAGGGAGCUCAUCCAAUACUUGCAUGUGGCAGAAAACCUAUUCUGUCAUGCAAAUACUUCUCCAGGGACAGCAAUCUACAAUACAGUGCUUCAUUCACUUGUUGAGGCUAAUGAGAGUCACAUGGCAAUAGAGGUUUUCAGAAAUAUGAAAUUAUGUGGUUUGCCACCUGAUGCUGCAACAUACAAUAUCAUGAUUGAUUGUUGCAGCAUUACAAGAUGUUUUAGGUCCGCUCUUGCACUGGUUUCUAUGAUGCUACGUGAUGGUUUUUGUCCUCAGAUUUGUACUUACACUGCUCUCAUAAAGAUUCUGUUGGCAAAUGAAGAUUUCAGUGAAGCAUUGAAUCUUUUGGAUCAGGCACACUAUGAAGGGAUUCAAUCUGAUGUGCUGUUAAUUAAUACCUUUCUUGAAGAAGCAUAUUUGAAGGGACGAAUUGACAUGAUGGAGUCUAUUGUUGAGAGAAUGCACCAAGAGAAAAUCCAGCCUGACCCAUCAACUUGCCAUUAUGUUUUCUCUGCAUAUGUGGACCGUGGUUUUCAUAGCACAGCAAUGGAAGCAUUACAAGUUCUUAGCAUGCGAAUGAUUUCUGAAGAAAGCACUCUUAUAGAGAAGAGAGCUGAAUUUGAGGAUGAUUUUGUUUACAAUGAAGACUUGGAAACUGAGUCACGGAUACUCAAGUUGUUCAAGGGAUCAGAACAGAACCUUGCUGCUGCCUUGUUGAAUCUUCGUUGGUGCGCAAUUGUUGGAUAUUCUAUUUCAUGGUUACCCAAUGAAAGUGCAUGGGCUAAAAGACUUAACUCAAGCUAUGGUCCAAGAAAAGCUAGCUGAAAAAAUCUAGUUGGCAUUUUAUGCAUCCCCCACCUCCUCCCCCUCCCAUUACCACCACUACCAAAGGGUUCCCCAAAUUUUUGACUAAAGGGGAGAACAGCAUCAGCUAUUGGGCUUAAGUUUACCCCAAAGUCGAGUUAGUUGAAACAUUUGGGGCCUUACUCUGGCCAAGCUGUAAGCCUGUAACCAAGAGGGGUGGAGAGAGAGAGAGAGAGAGAGAUUCGUAUUACUUAUUUUUCAGGACCUGCUGACCUAGUGUGCCUUAAGCUUAUUUAUUUAUUUGGCUCAUUGGCCUACAAAAAGGGGGGGGGGGGGUAGCCCAUCACCCAUACCCAACCCCUGUCAGCGAUCCCAAGUAUUUUAGUUUUAGCCACCAAUAUCUGAUGUCAUAUAACUGUUUUAUAUCAAUUAGAAAUUUUGAUUUUUUUAA